GUGUAAUUUCAGACGUGUUCUCACAAGACGUGUACAAUACACGUCUGCAGUUGCUGUGGAAUUGCACGGCCUACGCGUUUUAGGAUAAACGUAAACAUACCUCUGUCAGCCAGCCUUUGGGCCAGCCAGAAUCCAGGCCAUCCAGGCCACCAAACUAGCCCUUAUGUGCCCUCUAUCACCUCCAGACUUCUCCCGUAGCUUCUCCCGCCCGCCAGCUACCCAUCCAUACCCGCAAACAGCCCCCUCCAACCAGCAAAACCACCCUGUCUUUUGGUCAUCGGUCGUGCCCCCACCGCCCUUCCGACGCGCCUCCCAAUGGCAAUUCAUCAUCGCCCCACGCUCCAACACGCAAACACUCCACAAAGCCCUUCACCGUAUCGGACAUCCAACAGUAUAAAAGACCCACGAUCCGCCUGCUGCUGUACCCAUCAUCAACUUUUCACAUCAUCAUCAUGUCUGUCCAACAAACUCCAACCAACGGUUUAACCGGUAAGAUCUCGUCCUUGGACAUGUCAUCCACCAAAGGCAAGUCCUUGACAGAACAAUUGGCAGCUGAGGCUGAGAAGAAGGACGUGUCGCAAAACACUUCAGUUCACAAGAGUAUCGUUGUCCCUGCUGGUCUCGAAGAACUUACUCCUUCUGCCACCGACUCCGAGGAAACCGUGGCUGAACACAAACAGUUCUUGACCAAGCACAAGGCCCACCGUCACAAGUUGAAGGCCAUGGAGAAGGACGAGCCUUUGUUGAUCGAAAACCCCAGCCGUUUCGUGCUUUUCCCCAUCAAGUACCACGAGAUCUGGCAGAUGUACAAGAAGGCUGAAGCCUCUUUCUGGACUGCCGAGGAAAUCGACUUGAGCAAGGACAUCAACGACUGGAACAACAGAUUGAACGACAACGAGAGAUUCUUCAUCUCGAGAAUCUUGGCGUUCUUUGCUGCUUCCGACGGAAUUGUCAACGAGAACUUGGUGGAGAACUUCUCUGCCGAGGUCCAGAUCUCGGAAGCCAAGUGCUUCUACGGGUUCCAGAUCAUGAUGGAGAACAUCCACUCCGAAACCUACUCGUUGUUGAUCGACACCUACAUCAAGGACAGAAAGCAGGCCGACUACUUGUUCAACGCCAUCGACAACAUCCCUUGCAUCAAGAAGAAGGCCGACUGGGCUUUGAGAUGGAUCAACGAUGAGGACGCCUUGUUUGGUGAGAGAUUGGUUGCUUUUGCUGCCGUCGAAGGUAUCUUUUUCAGUGGUUCUUUUGCCUCCAUCUUCUGGUUGAAGAAGAGAGGUUUGAUGCCUGGUUUGACCUUCUCCAACGAGUUGAUCUGCAGAGAUGAAGGCUUGCACACUGACUUCGCCUGCUUAUUGUUCUCUCACUUGGAAAACAGACCCAACCAAGAAAUCGUGGAAAAGAUCAUCACCGAAGCCGUCAAGAUCGAAAAGGAAUUCUUCACCGACGCCUUGCCAAUCCACUUGUUGGGUAUGAACUCCAACCUCAUGUGCCAAUACGUUGAAUUCGUUGCUGACAGAUUGUUGGUUGCUUUGGGUAACAAGAAGGUCUACAACGUUCAGAACCCAUUCGACUUCAUGGAAAACAUCUCCUUGGCCGGUAAGACCAACUUCUUCGAGAAGAGAGUCAGUGACUACCAAAAGGCUGGUGUUAUGGCCAAGACCAACGAACCAACUGCUGUUGACUCUGGUUUCUCUUUCGAUGAGGAUUUCUAAAUACGUCUACUUUGCUUGGUUUUAUGGUAAUUUGCCGGUCUUUUGGGUCUUUUUCAUGUUACGUUCUUAAUGUGCUGGUCAUCGACCACCUCUUUAUUUCUCCCUUUUAAAAUGUAUAAUAUUAAUUCAAUAAAAUCUUAGAUAC